AUGGAUCUCAUAAAAAUCAACGUCAAAGGAACGGUUUUCAUAACAACACGAGAAGACAUCCUUAACAUUCCCACUUCGAAGCUGGCGUCUGUCGUAAACAGUCAAAAGUACUUCGACAACAAUAUGGGGAUGUUUUACUUCAACCGACGGCCCGAUUUUUUCAACAUCAUUCUAGAGGCUCACAGGGAAGGCAAGUUGCAUAUUCCCUCCGAUAUCUGCGGCAUUGAAUUCAUGCAGGAAAUGGAGUUCUGGAAUCUGCCAAAGACCAUGGUCGCACCCUGCUGCAUCGGCAGGAUCAUCUCGGCUUUGUCGGAAAAGGACAUUACUGACACUAUCACGAAGGAAAUUCUGGCGAAUUUUGAAAAAAGUGUGGAAGUUUUAGAGAAGAGUCGAGGGUGGAGGGAACCUGCUGCUAGGCUGUGGAUAUUCUUAGAGUUCCCUGUUUAUUCAACUUCUGCUAAGAUCUUUUCCGCUUUCAUCUCGUUCUGGAUCUGUGUGUCCGUGGUCAACUUCCUCUUCAUGUUUGACUUGAACAUCCGGCCUCCACUUCCUCCGAACGCUACCCUAAUGGCAGAGGGUGAUCAAGUCUUGUCUCUUAUAAACUCCGACAAAUGGCUAAGGUUUUGGCUCUCCGGUGUUCCGUUUCCCGUCUUGAUGAUAGACAUGGUUGGUAACGGCAUACUUCUCCUCGACCUCAUAGUAAGGGUCAUAGUGUGUCCGUAUAAACUAAUCUUCCUCAAAUCCUUGAAAAUCAUCGAUAUUAUCGUUAUGGUUGGGUUUUGGGUUUCGAUACUGCUGUACUUGCCCGUGGUGUUAUCUGGAAUGACUCCAAGCAUUGGCCUAAGGAGCGCAUGGGUAGGGUGUGUCUUCGCACAACUCAUGCGACCGCUACUGAUCCUGCGCCUGUCCAAUACGUUCGUCGGACUCCGCGUCAUGAUGAUGGUCCUAUCAAAAAGUAUGACCGAACUUUUCACCAUAGUUUCCUUUCUCGGAAUAGGGAUGAUGUUCUUCGGAGUAUUCAUCUACGUGACUGAGAUAGGCGUGAAUGGAGAUUUCAAUUCCCCCUGGGAGGGCGCCUGGUGGGCUCUCAUUACGAUGUCUACCGUGGGCUACGGGGACAUGUACCCACACGGCUGGCCAGGGUACGUCGUGGCCAUUGCCUGUACGGUAAUGGGUUUGAUCAUCACAGCAAUGUCCAUACCUAUCAUUAGUAACAACUUUAACAUUUAUUACGACUACGUUCGUCUGACCAUUGGUGUAAUUCAGGAGCGAUGCCAGAAACUGAGAGAGAAACACACGAAGAAAGUCAAGCCUGUUAUUGUUGUGUGUUCUGGAGAGGACGAUUCCUUUUAG